CAGGAAAGGUUAUGAACCGCGGUGAUUCUCCAAUAUUUGUAUUGGGCCUUUGCUGAUACACAAGUCAAGCGUGCCUUUUAUACUGGGAGAAAGCAGACUUACAUGGGACAUUUUCUGCUCUUCCUGAAACUGGCAACAGCUCUGUGAUUCCAUGCAUGAGAAAAUCCGCUACCUCUGACUCAUGGAUUGGAAACUGUGCUACUUCUGGCUCGUGUCUUUUUCACUGGUGUGGGAGAUCCCAGCUCCUGGGAACAAUAAUGAAGGAGUUCCAGACAAUUUCCGAUUCAUUUUUGAACAGAGUAACAACAUUGAAGAUUCAGAAUGGCUGGUGGAAGAACAAAACAAAGCGCGCCAAUUACUGAACCAUUGGAAUGAUGCAGGUGUGACCGGGGUAUCAAAGGUAAACAACAACAAUUUCCAGGAAGUUGGAGAAGAGAUCGAUGGCUCCUUCCCAGACGGUAAGGAUCACACAGUGAUCCUCAGGAUGGAAUCUGAUCAGAUUGUGCAAGAUGCAGCCGAUUGGAUCUACAACAAACUGAAAAUCCAGGCCGGGGAAUACAGGACCCUGCUAGAGUGGAACGGACAAGGCUUCACUUAUCUGAAAUCGACAUCCCAGGGAAGUGUCCCUGAGGUGACCAGCCGCUCAAAGCUGGUGGUCAUUGGCCACGGCUCAAGCCAAGAGGUCACCUUGGGAGAGCUGACCGCCCAUCAGCUCUCUGAGGCAAUCCUCGCUCUCCGUGGUGCUGAAUCACCACUCUCCUUCCCCAGCAAAUCGGUGCAGUCUCUCAGCCUGGUGGCCUGCAAUGUUGGAGCGGGCUCUGAAGGCGAGCUCUUCGUCCGCGAUCUUCUGAUUGACUUACGGAACCAUGGACUGGAGGUGGGCUCCCUGUCAGCCCGGACCACCAAGGUCAGCGUCCUCCCAGAUGGCACCAAAGUCACAUCAGAUUCCGGUGAAGACUGGCUCCGGCAUGAAGCCAGUCACCGACGGCGGGUGAGGCUGGGUGAAGAUAACCAGCUUGAAGACCUUGGUGAUGAGGAUCUGUACUGGGCACACACACUCGACCCAGACGAAGAGAUCCACCCUCUGGUAGACUACCCAGAAUAUUUAAUUUGGUCCCAUGAUGGGGAACGAUACCUGAUCCCGGACACAAAAUUGGAUGAGAUCAUUCAGGAGAAAAGCAUUGAAAUAUUUGAAAUGGCCAAGGAUGUGGAGUUGGAGCAAGUUGCAAAGACAAGAGGGUCUGGUCAGAAUGAAGAAACUGUUGAAGUGAGAGUAUUCCGGAACUUUCCACAGUAUCUGGCCAAUGUAAAAAAACUGAUCGAGGAAAGUCAAGACCUGAGAUUCGAGCUUCUCGAAUCAGAAUGGAAUAAGGUGGAAGUGAGGAGGGCAUGGGAAAGGCUAGGGAUUCCUCGCCUGGACAAAAACAAUAUGAUUGAAAUAUGGGGCAAGAUUUUCGAAAACAGUGUUCCAAAACCUACGGAGGCACUGAAGAAAAUAAUACACAGAGCCUACUGGAAUGUUAUGACCAGAAUGAGGAAUGAAAACCGAUUCAUACAGUUUGGUGAAUUCACUUUGAAGAUCAAUCUCGAGAACUUUUACAUUGAGCCGUACAUCCUCCCGGGAGGUGAAUUCCCGAGGGGAGAAUUUGAUCCGACCUACAGGGGUCUUUUACGGAACAUGAAUGCAGCCCAGAGUUUCAAGCAGAAUGCCAUAGCCUGGGUGACUGGAGAGACGGAUAAGAUCAAGGAGUUGUAA